AUCAAAAUGCAGAUUGGCGAAUACGGUUAGUCAUCGAACCGACCUUGAUCUUCAAUUGAGCUAAUGCUUUGUUGUUAUUUUUUCUGUGUAUCUUCAGACCAUUACCAGAUGAUUUUAUCCAUUAUGCUCGUUGUGAUACACAUUAUUUACUAUACAUUCAUGAUAUUCUUCGAAAUCUUUUAUUAGAAUCAUGUCAAAAUAACCCAUUACAUUUACAACAAGUUUAUGAUCGAUCUUGUCAAGUCUGUCAAAAGACAUAUCGUCAUCGUUCAUUUGAUUCAAAAGCAGUAAAAAAGUUAAAACUUAGUCCAGUUGACGAGCAAAAGGCGAUUCUUGAUGCUCUUUAUCUUUUGAGAGACGAUAUCGCGAGACGAGAAGAUGAAUCAAAUGGAUUUGUGAUGGGUAAUGAUAUUUUGAUUAAAUUAGUCGAAGACCGACCAACAACUGCACAACAAUUUUAUCAAUCAUUUCGUCCUGGACAGCCAUCUCAGAUGCUGAUGCAAUAUAUAGACAAAAUUUUGGAUAUCAUUACUACCGGUGGACGAUCGUACAGUGGAAGUACUCGUGUGCUUUGCGGCUUAGCUGCUGCAUGCCCCGGGGAAAACACCAGGGAUUCAACACCGGAAUUGGUUAUUGACAUAUCCAGUGAUGUAUUACAAGAAUUGAAAGAAAGAAUAACAUUGAGAAAACUGGUGAAAAAAAUGUAUACAAUGGAAAAAUUAUGUGGAAUACCAACGUCGAUUCGAUUUGUUAUUGGUGAAUUUGAUUAUGAUCGAGUCAAUUUUCCACAAGUUAUAAAUAUGAAAGAGAAUAUGUGUGGUGCUGGUGAUAUGAAGAAAAUUGAAUAUAUAUGUGUUAAUAGAACAAGUGAACGAUUAAAACGAUUAAUCGAUUAUAAACAACAACAAGAAGGUGAUGAACAAAUAGAAUAUGAACAUGAUACUAAACAAUAUGACAAUACUCGAUUAAGAAAUCAUGUGGCAAGAAGAACGGCAAUUGGAGCAAAACACACUGGGGCACAUCGAAUUGGAUAUGCAACUGAGUGUCGUAAACAAUGCCAAGCUGAACGUCGUAAACAGCGUAAAUGUGAACGUCAAAGGCAAACGGUUUUAUAUCAUCAGGAUAAAUGUAUAAUGAUACAGAUCGAUCUGUAUCGUUUAACACAGGAAGAAAAAGACGAAAAAUAUUAUGUAGUUCCAAUUGAAAAUAUUGCAACAUACGGCAGUGAUGCAACAAAGUUAAAACGAAACACAGUUGUAUCGUUUAAACUUGCUGUUAAAAGUCGAGAAACAUAUCGUGGAAAAAUUGAAUAUCUCGGUACAGAAGAGCAUUGCAACGAACAAAAAUAUAUGAAUGAAACAACUACUCUGGACGAAGUUGCACAGGAAGAAGAAGAAUUUUCCGCACCUGAUCAAGCAGUAAAAAUAUUACAACAAACAUCGAAACCGCUAUUAUCACAGUCAUUAAUACUCACUCGAGAAAAGUCGGCAGUAUCUAGAGGUGAUGAAGAACAACAUACAACAGAUUCAUCAAUAAGUGUUUCACAACAAAGUAGUCAGAUGAGCUUACAAAAGAGCAAAAAAAGAAAACUUUCAGUGGAAAUUAUUAAUGAUAAUAAAGAAAAUCAGAAAACACAAUUAUUAACAUCAGGGACAACGACAGGCAAACAUCCUUAUCAACAACAACAACGAAAAACACACCAAACUGGUAAACAUGGUUCAGUAUCCGCUGUACUGUUGAAUCCUACGCGAUGUUUAGCUGUAUCACAUGAUGGAUACAAUAGAACUGACCAUGAUGAACACCGUCAUCAUCAACAACAACGAGCAACAGCAUCCGACAAAGGUGCUAGACGUAUUUCAUUACCACCUGCCGGUAAUACACUACAGCAACAGACAACAGGAAACAAAUGUGCUGUACGUCCUUCAUCAUCAGCGUCGGUUGAUACGCCUUUGAAUCCGAAACGAUGUUUAGCUGCGUCGCAGGACAGAGUAACUGAUGACAAUGAUGAUGGUGAAAAUUUAUUUUUAUCAACUCAUGACCACAGUGAAAUAGGUUUUGUAGAUGAAGCCCUGCCACCUCCAGCUGCUCAGGAAUAUUUUAUUCGAAUGGGCACUUAUUUAGAUGCGAAACCAAUGAAUGAUAAUCUAGAUACAUUAGCAAAAGUAAUAUGCCUUCCAGUUGGCCAAUUGUUAUCGUGUAAAGAUCAAAAUAUUACGCGAACAACAAGAAAUGUAAUUAGAAAAAUGUAUACAGAUGAUGAACGAAUUGCAAUGAAAGGUCCAGAUAUUCCACGAGCCGCUCGUGAUGGUUUAGAACUGUUUGUCAAACUGCAGUUUCCAAGAGAAAAAUUCGUAAAACGUGAUUUUUUAGAAGCAAUCAAUGCUCUGUUUCGUUUAGCAUCUUUCAGUGCUAAAUCUAAUAAGAAGCCGGAAAAUACAGCAACAUUAUCAAAUCAGGAUAAUGAUGAUAGUUAUCUUGACGAUGGUGAUGAUGUUGCAGCCGAUGGUACCUCUGCAGAACAAAUAGCUUGA